UCUUUUUGUUGUGGGAGGGUUCCCAGGUUUGGUUUUUCCAGAUCUAUCAGCUCCAACCCUACACAGCUUUAAACUCAACCGCACUGACCGAUAUCCGUGCUCCAGGCUCUGCUCCUAAGAUUUGAUCGUGGUCUCCUCAACUCCAUCUAGGAUGCUGCGUCACUAUGUUCGCCAGUUUGGUCAGAAGCUGGUCCGCCGGAGGCCACUGGAGCCCAUAGAGAAGUCUGAGAGUCGCCUGUCUCGUUGUCUGAACACCCUCGACCUGGUGGCUUUGGGUGUGGGCAGCACCCUGGGGGCUGGCGUGUACAUCCUGGCUGGAGACGUGGCCAAGGAUAAAGCUGGACCAGCGAUCAUCAUCUGCUUCCUGGUGGCCUCACUGUCUUCUAUGUUGUCUGGGAUCUGCUAUGCUGAGUUUGGGGCCCGGGUACCAGGCUCCGGUUCUGCAUAUCUCUACAGCUACGUCACUGUGGGACAGCUAUGCGCCUUCAUCACUGGCUGGAAUCUUAUAUUGUCCUAUGUCAUCGGUACCGCCAGUGUGUCCAGGGCCUGGAGCUCCACCUUUGACAGCUUGAUAGGGGACCACAUCUCUCAGGCAUUACAGGGAACUUUUUCUCUGCAUGUGCCCCACUUCUUGGCCAAGUACCCAGACUUUUUUGCACUGGGCCUGGUGCUGCUGCUCACGGGACUACUGGUUGUGGGAGCUGGUGAGUCAGCCCUGGUUAACAAAGUGUUCACAGGCUUGAACCUUUUGGUUCUCAGCUUCAUCAUCAUCUCUGGCAUCAUUAAGGGAGACCCACACAACUGGAAACUCACAGAAGAGGACUACAAACCGAACAUUUCUGGAUCCAAUGAUUCUUCUAGCUCAGGCCCUCUGGGUGCCGGAGGGUUUGUGCCUUUUGGCUUUGACGGGAUUGUCCAGGGAGCAGCUACGUGUUUCUAUGCAUUUGUCGGUUUUGAUGUCAUUGCUACUACAGGGGAAGAAGCCCGAAAUCCCCACAGGUCUAUCCCCUUGGGCAUCGUGAUCUCACUCUUCAUCUGCUUUUUGGCGUAUUUUGGUGUCUCAGCCUCACUCACCCUCAUGGUGCCCUACUACCAGAUUCAUCCUGGAAGCCCCUUGCCUCAGGCUUUCCUCCACAUUGGCUGGGACCCUGCCAAAUACGUGGUGGCUGUUGGCACCCUCUGUGCUCUUACAUCCAGCCUCCUGGGUGCCAUGUUCCCCAUGCCCCGUGUGAUCUACUCAAUGGCAGAUGAUGGGCUCCUCUUUCGGGGACUUGCCCGCAUCCACGCCCGCACCCGUACCCCCAUCAUGGCCACCUUGGCUUCUGGAAUUCUUGCAGGGGUCAUGGCAUUACUCUUCGAGCUCCGUGACCUGGUGGACCUCAUGUCCAUCGGGACCCUGCUGGCUUACUGCUUGGUGGCAUUUUCUGUCCUUGUCCUUAGAUAUCAACCAGAUGAGAAUUUAAGCAAGAAGAAAACAGAGGAAGAAACUGAGAUGGAGUCUGUAGUUGAAGCAAGUCCUUUGAACACUGCACCUGAAGUGGGAACCUCCAAGAUUCUCAAGAGUCUCUGUCACCCUGCCAGCACCAUCCCCACCCAGACAUCUGGCCAGAUUGUCUAUGGAUGUGCCUUACUGCUUGUUCUCCUGCUGACCAUCCUGAGCCUGGUCCUGGCCCAGUGGCCCAGCCAGGUGUUCUCUGGAGACCCCGGGCUCACAACAGUGGCUGUGCUGCUGCUGCUGCUCAUCAUUGGGGUCACGGUCAUCAUCUGGAGGCAGCCCCAGAACCUCAGUCCUCUUCACUUCAAGGUCCCUGCUCUGCCUGUCCUCCCACUGGUGAGCAUCUUUGUGAACAUUUACCUGAUGAUACAGAUGACCUCUCGGACUUGGGCCCAAUUUGGAGUCUGGAAUGUGAUUGGAUUUAUCAUAUACUUUGGAUACGGGAUCCGACACAGCUUGGAGAACAGUGAGCAACAUCCAGCAGCCUCCACUUUCCAGACUCUUGACAAGAACAUCCCAGAUGCUGAGUCAUCUUAACCACAGGGCAUAGAUGCUGAGUGGAAUCCCUCCAGGCACUGGAGAAUCUGCUGGUUCCAGGGGCACUUUAAGUAUCUAUGGACUGUGACGAUGGGGGUGAAUUUAGGGCCCUUUACUCAUUGCUAGUGGAUGAAAUGACUUAUCUGUUGUCUAGUUUUUCAGUAAAUGUUUUAAAGCAUGAUAGAUAUGUACAGAAAAGUGUAUACCUCUUACCUGUGCAGCAAGAUGAAUUUUCAUAGACAGUACAACAAGCUAACCAGAAAAAAAAAAAAAAUAAACUACUAACCUGCAGGGAAGAAGUAUCAUCGUGUGCCUUUUUCCAACAAAAGCACAUAGAUUGCUACACAGGAAAAAAAUGCGGGUAACUAUAUACUGUGUCAAGGGCUGCACUGUGUUUAUUUAGCUGUCUGUGAUGUGACUGUUCAUUUCCAUAAUCUUCUUUAAUGUCAUUCAUUAACUCCUUGUUUUUAUUUCCCAAGAACUCUGUGGAAAUUGUUCCUAAAUAUUAAACAAUGUUGAGGGACUUC